GGUCAACUGAACCAGAGAAAACGCUCAUAGCCAUUUUUUUUUCUCCUCUUACAGAUCCAAUGUAUUUUCCAUUAAAAAAUGUUCAAUUCAGAGGAUCCAAAACUAUCAAGGAUAAUGCGAUGCUCUCAUGCUCUUCUCAAUGUAGAUGGAAUGACCUGCCUCAAGGUUGAAAACCUUGCCUACCACACUUCAUCUUAUACCCUGAAGCUCAUAUUUGAGGAUUAUGGGGCUGUUGGUGAUGUAUUCGUCCCCCGAAAUCAUUUAACUGAAGAGAACUAUGGCUUUGCCUUCAUCCAUUUCUACAACAACUGUGAUGCCAAGGAUGCCAUGCAUGGCCUACAUGGGAUUUUACUGGAUGGCAAUAAACUGAAGGUACAAAUGGUACACAAUGAUGAUCUACAUUAUGCUCAACCUGACUGUGGCCAUGGAAGACAAUACCAUUAUGAGGAAGAAAACCAUGAAUUACAGAAACAAUAUAAAAGACAGCAUUGUUCCAAUACCAGGAUCCAAACCAGAUCUCAGAGCAGAUUGUCUCCAGACAACUCAGAAUCCAAAUCUCAAUCUUGUAAUCACUCCCACAGAAAAUCGGCAUCAACCAAUGGAUCCACGACCCAGUCCUCACUGUCUACUCAAAAGCUGCCAAACAGGGCCUGUCCAAAGUCUAGAAACCGCCCAGGAGAAAAGAAGAAACCCAAGUCUAAGUCUUCAUGUAAGAGUGUCUCCAAGUAUCCUUCAGGAGGAGGAUGUCUUGUGAUAGAAAAUAUGGAGACCAAGCAAAAUCAAGUGGAAAAUGUACAGUCCAAGUCUGUGUUUAAAAAGUCAUGUCGAUCAAAAGGAAAUGCUGCUCACACAUUGAUGGCAAGUCCAUCUACCACAAGUCAGAAAAGAAAAAGAUGCAGAAGCCCACAAAAUUUAAGAGAAAGCCCAAGGCUGGAAAGUGGAGCAAACACUGCACAUGUUCUGAAUAGUGGUGAUUCUGAAAGAGGCCAGCUUAACUCCCUUCAGCAAUCUGAGAAGGGAAUGAAAAUGGGGAUAAGGGAAUGUGGGUUUUGGACAGCAAAAAGUCAGAGUAACCCAAGCAAUAAUGAUAUCACUGGAGAAGUGAGGUUUACCUUUAAUAAAGGGAACUCAAAUCCUCAAAAUGACCUUUCAGGGCUUAGCUGUCAUGACAAUAAUAGGAAAGUCCAGAAACAAGUGGACUAUCAACAACCUGAGUCAACAUGUGUAAGUCCAUUUACAAAAGAAGGAAAUAUAACUGAAGUUUUAGUGGAAGAUACAUUUAGUAAAGAUAGAAGCACCAGAAGUAAAAGUCCAGAUAUGCUGAUACUUAAAGAAACAAUUGAAAGUAGGCUACUUCCAGAAACUAAGGAUAUGGAACUAGUGGAAACUCAUCAUUGUUUAUCACCUGAAACUUUUAAAGAUCUUAGGAAGGAUGAGGCUUACUUCUCUUCUAAUAGUCACACAUUUCUGCCAUUGAGAGAUGACUUAAACAUAUCUGAGUUGCGAAAACUAUAUUUUUUUGCAUCUUUUCCAACAAGAGAACACAUAUUGACAGAGAGCACUGCUCAUAGAAGUCAAACUACAUCUGUAACACCAACUAACUUUACCACUGUGGAAAUUGAUCAAAAAGACACAAACCUCUCUUCUUGUUAUAACCAGACAGGUAUACAAAAUUCUGAAAAAAAAUCUGAUGAAAUUUUAAAAACUAAUUUAGACUUUACAAUAGUUACAACUCCUUGUGGAACAGCAGGCAACAUUAUGACAGGAGUUUUUGAAGUAAAUGAUAAUUUUACUGAGAUUGACUUAGAGUCUUGUGACUCAUUGGCGAGUCAAAGUAAUAGAAAAGUUCAAUCUGGUCACAGUAAUAUUUCUAGUUCUGUUUCCAUCACUAAUUCAAAUUCUACCAGUAAUUCUAAUAUAAAUAACUCACUGCUUUCUUUGUUAAAUUACAGUCAACAGUUUUUACCUGUUCCUAAUAUUAUUGCCAAUAAUACUAUUGGCAAUGAUAUAAAUUCACCACAUACCUCACAAAUUAACAAAGAAUGUGAUGAAUUCUUUUUAUUUCAUUACCCACCUUUAGAGGCCAGACAGCAAAUGCAUGUUAUAAGCCCAGAAAUAUCUAAUGAUAGUGAUUCAUGGCCACUUUUGCCUGAUUUUUCAAACUUCAAUGAUAUUCAUAAUAACCACCCUAAAGGACUUACCAAAGAACAGAUUAAUACUUUACCAGUAAAAACGUUUUGUGAAAAUGAUAAAUUAAACCACUGCAGUAUUUGUAUCACACCAUAUACACAAAAUAGCAAGAUUCGUGUACUACCUUGCUUUCAUGAAUAUCACGAUAAAUGCAUUGACCGCUGGUUGUCUGACAACUCUACCUGUCCUAUUUGUCGAAAACAAAUAAUUAAUCCUGAUGACAUGGAAUUUCUAUUUUGAGUUCUGGAACACAGAUAAAUAAAUUGUUAUAAUAUUCAA